AUGGCUUACACGGAUGAUGCUGUAAAGGCAAAACUAUCUGCUCUCAAUGAGACACAAGAGAGCAUUGUGACAGUUGCCCAAUGGGUGAUGUUUCAUCGACGACACGCCGACCGGACUGCGCAGAUCUGGCUGCAGCGAAUUCGUGACUCGACGCCUCCAAAGCGACUUAACUUGAUUUACCUGGCAAACGAAGUUGCUCAACAAUCAAAGGCACGGGGAAAGGACGACUUUUUGAUCGCAUUCGCUCCCAUCGUUGUUGAGGCCACGGCAUUAGCAUACACGAGCUCGACGAAGGAUAUCAAGCAGAAGAUCCGUCGCGUUGUGGAAGUAUGGAGACAACGCAAUGUUUUUGAGGCACCAAUCAUAAGUGCUGUCGAAUCACGAAUCAAUGGUAGAUCCUACGUCCAAAUUAUCCGGGCUACGCAAAGCAUGAUAGUUGACCAUAUCCCAGAAAUCGAUGAAACACAAUCCUCCACCAAAACCAAGACCCUAGGUGGCUCAUUCUUCAAGGAUUCUUCCACAGGAUCUGCUCCAACUGAACUCCAACCGCUAACCUCCCUACAAACCGCUCUCACCAAGGCCGCCAUCUCCUCGAAUACCUUGGUUGCGACUGCCAAUACGGAUUACAAAAGACUGAAUGAUUCCAAGGCCGAGAAGCCCACACCCCCAGUUCACGCUGCACGUCUCGGCCAGCUUUUUAAGACCCUCGCCAAUGCCGAGAGUUCAGUGUCGGAAUCAAUCAAGUCCCGGCGUGCAUUGAUUGAGGCCCUCGAAAAGCUUCUUGCGACUAACCGCUCCAGCCUUCUGACAGAGGUGUCCUUGGCCGGGGAUCUUGCCGAGAAAAAGCUUCAAACUGAUGCUAAGAAGCGCGAGGUUGAAGACGCCAUUAUGCGCAGUCUUCCCACCGAUAAUGGCUCUGCCAACACGGGGGAAGUUGAAUUCUCUCGCCCUCAAGCCGAAGCCCUGACUCCUCCCCCCGUCGAGGCCCUCACUCCUGUUGGAUCCCCACAACGUGACAUAGAAGAAACCAGCGGCUCCUUUGGCGGUCCCUUCCUGGAAGAGUCGUCGCAUGUUCCUCGUGGACUGGUAAUUACCGGCAACACACACCCUGAUAAUGGCACAGAAUUCCCUGAUCUGUCUAAUAUCUCUCCAGUUGGAGGUAGUGAUUUUGAUUUCGGUCUGAUUGGAUCAGGAUCAAAGCGCCGCAAAGUGGCACAUGAAGAGGAUGGUUAUGAGCCUGGUCAGUUGGAGGCUGACGUGGAAGCUCUGAUUAAGGAGGAAAGCCAAAAUCAAUAA